AUGAAUGACUCAUUACUUAUGAAAGUACGUGGUAUGCAAAUAGAAUUGGCAACGAUCCGUCAAGAUAUUCAUGCUCAUCCAGAAAUGGCUAUGGAGGAAAAACGAACAUCAGCUCUUGUCGCUUCUAAACUCAAAACAUGGGGGCUAACGGUUACUGAAGGGGUCGGUCAGUUCGGCGUUAUUGGAACAUUGAAGAGUCUACAGUCAAGUGAUCGUUCGAUUGGUCUUCGUGCCGACAUGGACGCUCUGCAACUUACCGAAGAAAAUAAUGUGCCGUAUGUUUCGACAAAACCUGGUACAAUGCAUGCCUGUGGCCAUGAUGGACACACGGCUAUGCUUCUUGGUGCUGCGAAGUAUUUAGCCGAACAUCGAGAUUCAUUUUGUGGAACUGUUCAGUUUAUCUUUCAACCAGCCGAAGAAGGACUUAAAGGUGCAAUCGCGAUGAUUAAUGACAACCUAUUUGAACGAUUUCCCGUUGAUGCUGUCUAUGGAUUGCACAAUAUUCCAGAACGUAUGGGAACAUUUUCUAUACGAUCUGGUCCUCUGAUGGCAGCAUCCGAUCGUUGGUAUGUAACAUUCCGAGGUACUGGCGGACAUGGCGGCGCAACACCUCAUCUUGCAACUGAUGUUACAGUAUUACAAGCACAAUUCAUUAUGGCGCUACAAACCAUUGUUAGUCGUAAUAUCAAUGCGAUUGACCUAGCAGUUAUCAGUGUUGGCGCCAUCCAAGGUGGCUCUUUCCAAUCGGUUAAUGUUAUGCCAUCUGAAUUACGCAUUGGAGGUACUUCACGAAGCUUCACUGAGCCUGUUCGUAAUAUUAUCGAACGACGUAUCAAUGAAUUAGCAAACAAUCUAGCUACGGCUUUCGGUUGUACGGCUCAUGUAGAGUAUAAUCGAACUGGAGCAGCUUUAGUUAAUCAUGAUGAACAAACAAAACGAGCAAUCAAAGCUGCUGAAGCGAUCGUUGGUACAGAAAAUGUCAACAAGAACAGUGAACUUGCCACGGGUAGUGAAGAUUUUGCUUUCAUGCUUUUGAAACGACCUGGUGCUUUUAUCUUCACGGGUAUUAAUGAUGAAAAAAUAUCUGGUAAGAUGCAUUCAUCUACUUAUAACUUUAAUGAUAAUGCAAUUCCAUUCGGUGUUGCCUAUUGGAUAAGUCUUGUCCAGCAAGAACUCAAAAAUUGA